AUGUAUCAUUCGACGGCCCUGGUAGAGACACCCCAGUCUUACAUGACUCUUGCCCUGCCCGACAUUGAAGUGCUGCACGUCCCAGAGUCGUCUCCAACUCCAACACCAGUGCUGGUCAUCAGACUCAAUAGGCCAUCCAAAAAGAACGCUUUUACCGGGCCGAUGCGCAGCAGCAUCGAGACGGUGUACCGUCUGGUCAACGUCGACUCGCGGGUCAAGGUCGUGGUCCUGACCGGCGCUGGCAGCGCAUUUUGUGCCGGAGCUGAUCUAGAAAUUGGCUGGCCGGGGAGCACGAACAAAGGUGGUCAAGACACCAUCAAGAAAAGCGAAAGAGAUGCUGAUCACAGAGAUCGCGGUGGAAGAGCCGUUCUCGCCAUUCACCAGUGCUCCAAACCCACGAUAACCGCCAUCAACGGUGCGGCAGUGGGCAUCGGCGUCACCAUGUGCCUACCGGCGACCAUCCGGAUCGCUAGUGCUGAUGCGAAGAUCGGGUUCGUUUUCUCGCGCCGAGGAAUAGUCAUGGACGCAUGCUCGUCUUAUUUCCUGCCCCGACUGAUCGGCUUGUCUAAAGCUCUUCACGUCACGGCCACUGGAGGCGUCUAUCGCGCAGACCAUCCGUUGAUGCGGUCAUUGUUCUCCGAGAUUCAUCCAACUCCAGAAGAGACAUUCCGACGAGCGCUUGAGCUUGCAGAUGAGCUUGCGACGUACUCGUCCUCGGUCUCGUUGAAGCUGAUGCGUGAUCUCAUGAAUUAUGGCCCUAACAGCGCAGAGGAGACGCACCUGUUAGACUCGAGACUGCUACAUCAACUUUUCGGAACUCGGGAUAAUAAAGAAGGGGUGGAUAGCUUCUUCGAAAAGAGACCUCCAGUUUUUAAGGGGAACAUGCAAGAAGAUGCCCCGGAAACCUGGCCUUGGUGGCCUCAGAUAGACAUCGGAACCCUGCGGCCUGGUUCUAGAUACGCCUCUAAGCUCUAA